GCCUAGAUACUGGCAUAGACUGUGAGAUUCACACUUUCACAGUACGCCUUAGUAUGGUGGUACUUGAUCUUGAUGGUAGAUGCUCAUCAGUUUCUCUCUCUAUUCUUCGAAUUUGUAAGCAAGGACACGCAGACUCUCGCCGUAUCUCUGGAAUCAUCGGCAAACAGGCUUAAUUUGGGGAUUUGAUGGCAUCGAAGUUGCAACAACUGCAAUCCAAGGCAUGGCAGGCUUCGCAGUUCGUGGCCAAGCAUGGCACUGCAUACUACAAGCAGUUGUUGGAUCAGAACAAGCAGUACAUUCAGAACCCACCCACUGUGGAUACAUGCAACCUCUUGUCUAAGCAGUUGUUCUACACUCGCCUUGCUAGUCUUCCUGUUCGUUACGAGGCAUUCUGGAAGGAACUUGAUUACGUCAAGCACAUGUGGAGGAACAGGCAGGAGCUGAAGGCCGAGGAGGCUACCACUGCUGCUUUGUUUGGGCUGGAGUGCUUUGCAUUGUUUUGUGUUGGCGAGAUUGUGGGAAGGGGAUUUACAAUCACUGGAUACCAUGUGUGAAAACCACCCCUUGGGUAGAAGCGGUCGGCAGGAUUGAUAUUUAUAAGGGUUCUGUCAUCAUUAGGGUGGUCGGGAGCCACUGGUAUUCUACAUUUUACAUUUUGUUUUUCCUGCAAAAAAUUUGAAGCUGAGUAAGCGGUGGGUACAUUUGUUGUGUUGUAAUCUCACUCCAACUUAAAUGGAGGGUGUGGGUUAGGUGAUUUAACUUUGUUGAUCUUUUUGUUGGAAACUGCUGCUACAUGUGAUGGUUGUUGUUUUACUCCAA